AUGACCUGUACCUCGUACGAAGCACUACGUUCCACAGCACUGGCCAAUUGUGGUGCUGGAAGCGGAUAUGCCGACUGUGCAUGCGGUGUAUACGCCGUUUCGACUGCGGGACGUACUUGCCUCAUCGCCACCUAUUCAUAUCACGCGUCUGGUCCUGGCGUGAUUGCGCCGGAUGGUAACCCAGCCGAAUUUUUUGAGCCUGGUUUUACCUACAAUGGUCAUAAUGAGUUGCGACGAGAGACUAUGGAACUUGUAGAGAUUAGCAACGACACAUAUGUUCCGGGCGAGGUGGGGAUUGUACAACUUGGUACUGAUUCUCAGGACAACGCAGCUUCAGAUACACCUUCUUCUCCUAAGCUUCCAUAUCCUUAUGUUGCUAAGACAAAUGCCGAAGGCUCUGCCACAACUUGGUCGCUUGGAUAUCUGGGCAGCUGUUCAUCUGUUUCUUAG